CAAGGAAUCGAGGGCGCAAAGUGUAAUUAUUUUCAAAUCAAGGGGGGUGUUUGUAAAGUUCACCCAAUCUCUUUUUAAAAUCGAACUACUACUACGGAGUACUAGCGGAGAGAACUGACGAACAGAGUUACUUCUCUCUCUCUUCGUCUCACCGCCGCUCUCUCGCCCGCCGUCUCAAAUCGGACUAAGGUCGAGCAGAGGCGAUUCCCGUACACACAGAAAUGGUGUGCAAGUUUUGGAUCUUCAAUUGGAAACAACAAUAUGCUUAUCUCUUACUGCAAUUUUUUCUUAGAGGAGGAGACAGUGGAACACUGUGUCAUCGUUUUUACCAGCUGAGUUUUUUGAGUAAAAAGGAGUGCGUCACCGCAGUCUCUUUGUAGAGAGGAAAACCGAGAGAGAAUGCUUCACCUGAGCCAUCCUCCAACUACAGCAACAGUUUCCAGCCACCAUAUCGAUUGCGCCUUAGGUUCAGCUCUCAGUACACACCGAAGCUUCGUGGUAGGGUUUCCCAUGGCGAACAACUUCCCCACCGCUUCGUCUUCCUCUUCUACAGCACUGAAGCAGCACACCACCUGUGGAGCAUCCCCCGAAUCUUGCAAUACUUCUCACAGGAAGAAUGAUUUACCCAUACAUGGGGUGUCAGAGACCAUUGUCGGUGUGUUGGGAGGAGGGCAACUGGGUCGGAUGCUAUGUCAAGCCGCAUCCCAAAUGGCAAUUAAGGUGAUUGUUUUGGACCCAAUGGAGAACUGCCCAACAGGUGCAUUGUCAGAUUGUCAUGUGGUGGGGAGCUAUGAUGAUAGUGUGACAGUUGAAGAGUUUGCAAAAAGGUGUUCAGUUUUGACCGUUGAAAUUGAGCAUGUUAACGUAGCAACACUAGAGAAGCUUGAACAACGAGGGCUAGAUGUCCAACCUAAAGCCUCUACGAUCCGAAUUAUACAGGAUAAAUAUCUCCAAAAGGUUCAUUUUUCUCGCCAUGGCAUCCCACUUCCUAAGUUUAUGAAGAUAGAUGAUCCUGAAAGUGCCAAGAAGGCUGGUGACCUGUUUGGGUAUCCUUUAAUGAUAAAGAGCAAAAGGCUUGCUUAUGAUGGGCGGGGAAAUGCUGUUGCUAAGAGGGAAGAGGAGAUCUCUUCUGCAGUACAAACCCUUGGAGGAUAUGAUCAUGGGUUAUAUGUUGAGCAAUGGGCCCCAUUUGUGAAGGAGCUAGCUGUGAUUGUAGCUAGAGGGCGUGAUGAAUCUAUCCUAUGUUAUCCUGUUGUUGAAACCAUUCACAGGGAAAACAUUUGUCACAUUGUUAAGGCACCUGCAAAUGUGCCAUUGAAGAUCAGGAAACUUGCUACUGAUGUUGCCUAUAAAGCAGUUAGUUCCUUAGAGGGUGCUGGAGUAUUUGCAGUGGAGUUGUUCUUGACAGAGGAUGGUCAGAUUUUGCUAAAUGAAGUAGCUCCUAGACCUCACAAUAGUGGCCAUCACACAAUUGAAUCAUGCUUCACUUCACAAUAUGAGCAGCAUUUGCGGGCGAUUCUUGGUCUUCAACUAGGUGAUCCAUCAAUGAAAACUCAAGCUGCUAUUAUGUACAACAUACUGGGUGAAGACGAGGGAGAACCAGGUUUUCUUCUGGCUCAUCAACUUAUUGGAAGGGCAUUAGGUAUUUCAGGGGCAACUGUUCAUUGGUAUACUAAGCCAGAAAUGAGAAAGCAACGAAAGAUGGGUCACAUCACGAUAGUUGGCCCCUCUAUGGCCAUUGUGGAAACACGACUCAAGUUCAUGCUUAACGAAGAAUUAUUAAAUGGGGAUACCGCAGUCACGCCACGUGUUGGGAUCAUUAUGGGUUCUGAUUCAGAUCUUCCCGUCAUGAAGGAUGCAGCAAGGAUAUUGAAUAUGUUUGACAUUCCUUAUGAGGUGAGAAUAGUCUCAGCACACCGGACUCCUGAUAUUAUGUUUUCUUAUGCGUCAUCUGCUGGGGAGCGAGGGAUUCAGGUUAUCAUUGCUGGUGCUGGAGGUGCUGCCCACUUGCCAGGCAUGGUCGCUGCACUAACACCCUUGCCUGUUAUUGGUGUUCCUGUACGCGCCUCAUCACUGGAUGGACUUGAUUCUCUCUUGUCAAUUGUGCAGAUGCCAAGGGGAGUUCCUGUUGCAACAGUGGCAAUAAACAAUGCCACCAAUGCAGGUUUGUUGGCAGUAAGGAUGUUGGGGGUUGGUGAUGCUGAUCUGCAAGCAAGAAUGUCCCAAUACCUUGAAGACACUAAAAAUGAUGUCCUUGCGAAAGCAAAGAAGCUAGAAAAAGAUGGUUGGGAAACAUACUUAAAUUCUUAGCCUCCCCCCAAAAGCAUCUGGUUUAUUUUAGCCUCUUUUCACGGGUUUCUUGGUGCUCUUGGUGCGAGUUUGGAGGGAAUCCCGCCAUAUAUUGCUUCAGUCUUCUCAACAAGAGAUUGAGAAAGAUACCAGAGCUGUUGAGAGGGUUCUACCAAACACGGUAAUGUUCAUCAAAAGGAGGGAUCAUAAUCAGUACCCUCAUCUUAAAUAGCUUUAGGCCAGUGUUAAGGGUUGCAGACUGGAGAAACGGCUAUGGGGAUCAUCGGAAAGUGGAGUCCUGAAACUUUGUCAAACCGAAUGCUGAGAAACACUUCAUCGGAAAAUGGAGUUUGUUAUUGCAAAUAACUUCAUCAAUUGGAAGGCGUGUUUUUUUCUUGGUCGAGUGUACAUUUCUUUUAUCAUUUUGUUUCGAUUCGGUUUACGAAUACUGUGAUGGUUGGAUGACUUGUUUUAAAUUUGUAGCGACGAUAACACAAACAUCACAGAUGGUUUGUAGCUGAUUUAACUCAACUUUGUCUUGAAUCGGGCUUCCAUCUCCUUUGGUACGUCA